CGAAAGGUAUCGUAAUGCUAGUUAUACAAGCUCUCGUCGACGUUUUCGAAGAAAUUACUGGUGUGAAAUCGUCAGCAAAAUUGAUUAUGGCAGCACAUGCAGUAGCGGCAACACGCAACAGCCGGAACAGUUCCUUGCCUUUUUGGAGCAGAAGAUGUAAACAAACGUUAAAAUAGUGGUGUUCAUUCAAAAUUUAUCCACAAAUUGGAAUCAGGAGUAUUCAGAUGGAAUUGUGUACACGUGGAAUUAAUUUCAGCGAGUGAAUUGAACUGUGAAUCCAAGAUUUGGAGUUGUUAGAGGUUAACCUGUAACCCUGUGUUUAUGUUUUGAGUCUAAAAAAUGGGUGCACCGACGAGCAAUGCUAUUGACAACCUCACACAAGCAUUGAAAUCCAAUAUUAUACCGAAUCAAGAGUACUUGCUCCAGGGUUCGGUGCUGGACAGUGCCGUGGAGAUUCUGCUCCAACGUCUCCGAGGACUUUGUGAUAAUGUCGACAGUGGACCUGAGGGAUUUCAUGAUCACGAAAUGUGCUUCAGUAUCAGAAAAGCACCCCCUCCAGAGCAACCCCUGCUCCUUCGUGUCCGAAGAGCCCUCGACUGCACAGACAUGCCCUGGCAACUGAGGUACAUUGGACAGCCCGAAUUGGGAGACAAAUCUCGUCCCACGAUAGUCCGCAGUAGCAUUGACAUCGGUACCAGCAACACUGUAGUCGAUUUCCUCACAGAACUGGGAUGCAGACUGGACUUUGAGUACAUCCUGCGAGGCUACAUGUUUCGUAAGGGAAGAAUGAAGAUCACAGUGUCCAAGAUCUUCAAAAUGGGACAGGGAAAGCUGCCGGAGCAGGUGGAGGCCAUUUCCCAGAGUUACUUGGUGGAACUGAGUGUUCUCGCUCCCAGCGGACAGGACGCCAUCGCUGAGGACAUGAGAAUUUUUGCUGAACAGCUCAAGCCUCUUGUGCAGUUGGAGAAAAUCGAUUAUAAGAGACUUGUACAUUAAAUUUACAGUAAAUUUUUUCUAUUUAUCCGGGAUUUAGAGAUACUGAAAUGGAAAUGAUUGUAUAUUAAUUAUUAAAAAAGCAAUAAUUGUAUGUAUCCAUGAGUUGUAUGAAUAUUUGUGCAUUUUUAUCUAUUUUUGGAAGUGGCCAUCAAGAUAAAUAAAUUUUCAGAAUUGAAAUGAGGAAAAAUAAUGAAUUUAUGGUAGAAGAAAUAAAAGAAACAUUACGUUUCAACAUAA